AGGUUAACAGAAAAUCAUAAAGUAAUAAUCAGAGUCAUAAGAAAAAUAAAAUUUUUUGUUGCAAGAAGAAAAUUCCAGCAAGCAAGAAAACCUUAUGAUGUACGUGAUGUGAUAGAACAAUAUUCUCAGGGUCAUCUUAAUAUGAUGGUUAGAAUUAAAGAAUUACAGAGAAGAUUAGAUCAAACAAUAGGUAAACCUGCUUAUUGUGGUAAUGUUAAAGAGAAGGAGAAAUUGACUUUAUAUUCCAGAAUCUCUAGGGUUGAAUCUCAGGUAUAUUAUUACUAUAAUUAA